AUGAAUGUGACUCCUGGCAGCUGUAUGGCAGAGAUGCCGUAUGGAUACCAACCACGUCUGAAAGGGCUUUACAUCGCCACUGAGCUCAUCAUCGCAGUGCUGGCCAUCAUAGGCAACUUCCUGGUUUGCCUGGCUGUCAUCUGCAACAAGAAACUUCACACCGUCACCAACUACUUCCUGGUAUCAUUGGCAGUGGCAGACAUCCUGGUGGGCUUGGUUGCCAUUCCCUGUGCAGUGCUAACGGACCUUGGUCGACCUCACCAUGACCUGCCCCUCUGCCUGGUGCUGCUCAGCAUCCUGAUGGUGCUCACACAGAGCUCCAUCCUGAGUCUGUUAGCAGUAGCAGCGGAGCGUUACAUUGCCAUCCUUCUGCCUUUCCAGUACCAGCGCGUCAUGAGCCCCAGGAACGCCCAGCGGGCCCUGCUGGUCACAUGGGGCCUGGGGGCCAUCUCCGGCUCUGUGCCGCUCAUGGACUGGAAGAGACAACCAGCAGGCUCUGACUACUGUAUCUUCACCUGUGUGGUGGACAUGAGUUAUAUGGUCUACUUCAACUUCUUCUGCUGCCUCCUGGUGCCGCUGGUGGCCAUGUUCAUUAUCUACGGCCACAUCUUCCUCACUGUCCGCCGCCAGCUUAGACGCAUCGCUGUAUCCAGGGGACCUUCAGAGGACACAAGAGCCGCGGGUAGUGGGAGCACUGGGACAGAGGACACUGGGAGUUCUGCUGCUUUGGCAACCACAACAGCUGGAGCCGACACGGGGACAGGAACAAGAACCAGCAGACAAGCCAAGGAAAAGGCAGGAAAAUGCAAAGUUGAAGUGAAGGAUGGGGAGGAGGUACAAUCUGGCAUUAGGUCUCGUAUUGAUACUGAAACUACCGCUGUCUUUACAAAGCCAGGGCUCAGGAUCGCCUCAGCUGGAUCCACAAGCUCCGGCUCUGCUCCUGCCGACCCCCGUCCAGGAGAGUCAAACGAGGCCAAAUCCAACGUUCGCACCCGUCAGGAGAUACGUAAGGCCACCUCCCUCUUCCUGGUCCUUUUUCUCUUCAUGGUAUGCUGGAUGCCCAUCCACCUCAUUAACUGCGUGCUGCUGCUCCGCCCACAGUGCGAGGUGCCCAUGUCACUCACACUAGCAGCCAUUUUGCUUUCCCACGCCAACUCGGCCCUCAAUCCGAUCCUGUACGCGUACAGGAUGAGGUCGUUCCGACACACUCUGAUAGGAAUGUGGAGAAGAGUGAGGCGCUUAAGGCCAACACGCCAUUAA